AUGGAUCCUCGGGAAAUUGUGACUGUGGACGAGGCGAUGGCACGGACUGUAUGGAGUAGACGGGCGGCUGCGAGAAAAGCUGCUGGUUUUGCUUCUGCUUCUGCUACUGCUUCUGCUGCUGCUGCUGCUGCUGUUGCUGUUGCUGGUGGUUCUGGUGCAAGAGCUAUUGGUGCUGGUGAUGGGGUUGGUGCUGUCGUUGCUACUGGCGCUUCAGAUUCUGCGGAUCAGCAGCUUCCAAUCAAGUACCAUGGCGGGAAGCUCAUGACUCGGCCAAUCACGGUGUAUGUAAUCUUCUAUGGCUCAUGGCGCAAGAGCCAGAUGCGCAUCGUGAAGAACUUCAUCCAUUCGCUCUCUAAUACGACAACGACGCCCAGUGAAGAGAAUCUUGCAAGAGUGGCGGAUUGGUGGAGGAUCAACACGUGGUACACUCAGAAAGGCAGGAAACGAGUGACCUCCCAGGUUCGCCUGGGAGGGUCAGUGCGGGACAGGUACUCUCUGGGGAAGGACGUAUCUAACGACAUGCAAGGAGUAUGGAACAUUUUAUCCUUUCUCACUCUUAUCUCUAAUCCCGUGUUUGUACCAUUUCCAACCUCCUUCCCGUAUGUUAUUAUCUUCCACCCAAGCCCGCUCACAGUUGUUGCUGCUCAGCUGGCCAACCGAACCUUCCCCCGAUCCUCUCGAGCCCAGUACCUCGUCCUCUCCAGCGCGGACGUCAGGUUCGGAUCCUCUCGACCCAACUCCGGCUUCUGCCGAACCUACUGCGGGUGGCACUCGUACGCUGAAGUCUCCCGGAAGAUUCUCAAAUUCGCAUUCGUGGGGAACGCGGAGGAGCAGUGUCCCAGUGGGUGUAGGAGAGGGUUUGGGAUGCGGGGGAGUGCGAAUGGGUGGAGAGGGGUGGACGGCAUGGUGAGCAUUGUGGGGCAUGAGAUUGCAGAAGCGGCCACGAAUCCUGUGUUCACCCGAGGGUGGUUUGAUGACGAAGGGCAGGAGAAUGCUGACAAGUGCCAGGUGCGUGGGGUGGAGCAGGGCAAUGGGGGAAGAGGGGGGGCAGGGAGGGGAGGGGCAGGAGGGGAGGGGCAGGAGGGGGGGCGAGGGGGUUAUGUUGACUUCGGCCCUUCCAGCAGCAUAAGGACAGUGGGGGACAGGUAUGCCUACAACAUGGUGGGGCAGGGCGGCAUGCGCUGGCUUAUCCAGUCAAACUGGCGGCCGGGCGGCGAGGACGCAGGGUGCGUGUUGCGGGGUCCGAGUGAGAGCGAGGUGGCGGAGUGGGCGAGGGAAGAGAGAGCGAGAAACAACAGGAAACGGGGGAGGAGGAAGAGGAAGAGGGUGAGCGUGCGUGGGUCCUUAGCAGGGAGUCCAGAUACGGUGUACGUGAGCAGAGCUGGGUUAUUGAGUGGAGUGGACGACAGGCCUGGCCCUGAGAAGUCAGUUAAGUCUGCUGCUUUGGGUGCGAGGGUUGGGAGAGAGGACAGCAGCAGCACCAUGCACAGUUCUCUUGAGUUAACCCAGACAUCACUUGUGAUUCAAGGGGGAGGCGGGGAGGGAAACGAGUAUGAAGGGUCAGUCUCCUCCCCUGGCAACACCCCCAUGCUGUCAUACACAACGCCCUCCCCUUCCACCUUAUCCUCACUUCAGGCAGGGAUCUCUCGCCUUCACUUCAGUGACCAGCAUGGACCCUCCUCCACCACCCCUGCUCCCACCCCUCUUUCCACACUGCCUGUCUCCCCUCUAUAA